AUGCCACCAGCUGCGAAAUUGGCUCGAAAACUUUAUCAAGAUCGUAUUCAUGAAUUAAGAUCUCAAGUUUCGUUAACCGAACAAAGACUUCGGAACAUUUUCACCGAAAUUGAAGAUAUUAAGUCCGGAAAAUACGAUGACAAAUUAGUAGAAAUAUUGAAAGAAGAUGAACAAAAAAAUCAAGAAUUUUCCAAAAAAGAACGAUUUUCUGAACGGCAAGAGGAGGAAAACCCAGAUACAUUCGAAAUUGUGGAAGAAACGGUACUUGCAUCUUCAGCAAAUAUUCAAGAUGUUCAUGCGGUACCAGAUGUAUCAGAAGUGAAUUCCGAUAAACGAACCAAGAAUACUAAUGAAGAGAAAAAAAUAGGAAUGUCUUUUACUGAAAAAAAAUCCGAAAUAAAUAAUGAAAAUGACAAAUUGUCAAAUGUGAAUGAUAGAGAAGAUGUACAAGAAUUAGAAAGUAUGGAACAAACAAAUUCAACAAUUUUUGUUUCAACAGAGGAAACUGAAAUUGAACAAAGAACAAAAUUAACGACAUCAUUACAACCAACCGAAUCUUUUGCAACGGUUAGAACUCCAUCAACACCGUUUACUGAAUUAAAUGAAUUUAAAUAUGAAGAAAAAAUUGAACAAUCAUCAGAAGCUCAAAUGAACAAUGAAACUAUGAAUGAGGACAUUCCAGAUGAUUUACUUAAGUCAACAGAUGGAGAUGUUGAAAUGAUGGAAAUUGAUAAAAAUGAAAAGAUUGAAGAACCAAUACCUUCACAACUUCAAUUAUCUACAAUAGAUUUACCUAAGCAUGAACAAAUAAGAAGGCUUGCGAAAGAAAAUGUUUCACCCAUAGAUUCCGAAGCUACACCUCGUGAAGAUACAAAUAUGGAGGUAGAUGAGACAACAGUUGAAACAUUAAACUUUCAAGAAUCUACAAAAAACCUACAGAAUGACCGUUAUGUAUCAUCUUCACCGGGACUGAUUACCGAAGAAAAAGAAUCUGAAAAAGGAGAAAAUUUCGAAGCAACUGGAGCAGAUGGAGGAGAAUCAGAGGAAGUUAUCGGAUCUCCUGAUGAACAAGAUGAAUCAGAUAAUGAUAAAACUUCUAUAGCGGAAAUUGAGAUGCAAGAAAAUAGACCAAAUCUAACAUUGGAUACUAUUAAAAGUGAAGGAUCUUCAGAUACUACGGAACCUGCAGGAUCUUUUUGCGAAGAAGAAACUGUUGAAAGUUCUAAGAUGGAAAUAUCAGAAAUUAAGCAUGAAACUAUUUAUGAUGAUAACAUGCAAAUGGUAGAUUCGCAAUCAUUAAAUGAGGAAAAUGAAGAAAUGACGUCAACCACAUCCCAAACUGAGUUUAAAGAGCAACUUUCACCAUCAGCAACAACGUCUACUCACCACAUGGAUACAAUUACAAAUUCUAGCCCAGGCGAUGCAGUUCACGAAAGUGAGACUAUCUCGGGAGCCGACGCAUCUGAAAAUGACAAAAAGCAAAAGACCUGGUUAAAGCUAGCCAUGAUGAUGUUACAUGAAAUUGGCAAUCAUAAAUUUGCUAGUGUCUUCCAAAACCCAAUAAAAGAGCAAGAUGCACCGGGAUAUUAUAGUAUUGUCAAACAACCGAUGGAUUUGAAAACUUUGAAGAAACGUUUGCGCGACGGAGUUAUUCAAGACACAGAUCAAUUCCAUCGAGAUCUUAUGUUAAUGUUUAUGAAUGCAUCAGUAUUCAAUCGAGAAGGGGAUAUUAAUAAAAUGGCAUCACAAAUGAAAGAACACGCCGAGAAUCUAAUUCAAGGAUUUAGAAGUGAAGGUUCAGUCGGAAUACAUGAACCUGCAACACGAAGAAAGAGCAUGGCUUUUGAAGCAAAAGAAGCGAUCAUAAUUCCAAAGGAUGACCGACGGAAUUCUACAGACAAGUCUGGUACAGGUUCUUUACGCCACGGGACAUCCCAAUCGCCGGUUGAAACGUCAGAACAACGACCGACACUUGUGGGAACACCACGAAAGCUGGGAACUGUGUCUCAAAUUCAACCUAACCAAACACCAGCAAGUUCAGAUGAUGGAGGUUAG